AUGCAUCUGUCACAGUGCCAGAGAAGCACGGUCCCUCCUAAUGACACACAGUUCCACCCCUACUUUUUUCUCCUACUGGGAAUUCCAGGGCUAGAAGAUGUGCAUAUGUGGAUUGGUUUUCCAUUUUGUAUUGUAUAUAUGACUGCUCUACUGGGAAAUAUUACAACUCUUUAUGUGAUUCAGACUGAACACAGUCUCCAUCAACCCAUGUUCUACUUCCUGGCCAUUCUGUCAUCUAUUGACCUGGGCCUGUCCACAUCCACCAACCCCAAGAUGCUUGGUAUCUUCUGGUUCAACCUGAGAGAAAUCUCCUUUGAGGGCUGCCUUGUCCAGAUGUUCUUCAUCCACCUAUGCACCGGUAUGGAGUCGGCUGUGCUUGUGGCCAUGGCCUAUGAUCGCUAUGUGGCCAUCUGUAACCCUCUUCACUACACAUUGGUACUGACAAACAAGGCGGUGUUAGUGAUAGCAUUGGUCAUCCUUCUGAGACCCUUAGCUAUUGCGAUCCCCUUUGUUCUGCUCAUCCUGAGGUUGCCCUUCUGUGGGCACCAAAUCAUCCACCACACAUAUUGUGAACACAUGGGUAUAGCCCACUUGUCCUAUGCCAGCAUAAAGGUCAACAUCAUCUAUGGCUUAUGUGCUAUCUCUAUCUUGGUGUUUGACAUCAUAGCCAUUGUCGUCUCCUAUGUCCAUAUCCUGCGUGCUGUCUUCUGCCUACCUUCUAGGAGUGCCCGGUUAAAGGCACUCAGCACAUGUGGCUCCCAUGUCUGUGUCAUACUGGCCUUCUAUACUCCAGCUUUCUUCUCCUUCAUGACCCAUCGUUUUGGCCGAAAUGUUCCUCAAUACAUCCACAUUCUUCUUGCUAACUUUUAUGUUGUCAUCCCACCUGCUCUAAAUCCUGUUAUUUAUGGGGUGAGAACCAAGCAGAUAAGAGAAAGGGUAAUUAGAACUUUCAGAAACAGAUUAUGA